AAAUAUAGUGUCCUCCUUCACAACCAUCACAAAUCACUCAAGCAAUCAAACUUAUAUAACUUUUUCUUACAUCCGAUCGAGAAACAUAGCUUGUUCUUCAAAUUCAAAACAUUUGAAAUGGGUUUCCGUUUACCUGCAGCUAUUAGACGGGCAUCAUUAAGCAGUAGCCAAACAUCAUCUAAAGUAUCAAAUAUCCCAAAGGGCUAUCUUGCAGUGUACGUUGGAGAGGAAAUGAAGCGGUUUGUUGUCCCCUUGUCAUACUUGAACCAACCUUCAUUUCAAGACUUGUUGAGUCAAGCAGAGGAAGAAUUUGGAUAUGAUCAUCCAAUGGGUGGCCUUACAAUUCCUUGCAGAGAAGAUGUUUUCUUGAAUAUCACUUCUCGCUUCAAUGGACUAUAAAUCUACAACAACAAUAGAGACUGACAUAGAUUAGGAGAGACAUUUUGUACAAUAGUCAAGAUUUUUUUCCCUUCCUUAACUUUGGAAGGGUUAGUUAUCGAUUUGAAUGACAUAUUCAGGAACAGAUUAUUUGUUAUUAUACAUUUCUAAUCUUAAUGACACAAUAUAUUCAACAACUCAA